UAUGUUUAAGGUUCUUAUUGCACUUAAAUCAUAAUAAUAAUUCAAGUGUACAGUAACUAUGGGAGGAAAAACAAAAGUAAUAACCUUACCUUAAACUGAAGGAUUAACAUUUAAUGUAGAGUAUUAUAAUUAAUAUAUAAUAAAGCUAAUUAAGUACAAUCUAGUUAAAAUAUAAUGAUGAAAUAUUUAGAAUUUAAAUUAAUGAGGAUAUCACAGAGACAACUGGUGAAUAUAAAUUUACAAAUGUGAGUGGAUAAUAUUAUAUUGUAUUGAUCCAAGAUAUUGAAAAACCUUCUAAAUUAAAUAUAAAAUAAAAUGCAUAAACAUCAGAAUCACCACUUAAGAAAAAUGAUACAGAAAGGAGUCUAACUGCUAGUACCAAGAAAAUAAGCUUUAAGACACCUACAAAUAAAUAGAAAUCUGAAUCAAAUUAAAAAAUGAUAUAAUCCUUUAUUUUAGGAGAUAAUUUAAUGGAAUAAUUAAAAUAAGAAAAUAAAGAACUUAAAUAAAGAAUAAUUGAACUUGAAAAUUAAGUAAUAACAUUAUAAGAAUAAAAUGAAUAAAGAAAUGAUAAAGUUGAUUAAUCAAAAUAAGAAGUUUCAACAAAUGAUAUAAAAAAUGAUUUUUAAAAUCUUUUAAGAUUAUAACAAAGACAAGCUCAAGAAAAUAAACAAUUAUUAAAAUAAUUAAUUGAUUUAGAUAAUAAUUAUUAAGAAUUGUUAGAAAAAAAAUCAUUAGCUGAUUAGGAAGUAACUAAAUUGAAAUAAACUAUCAGCUAAUUUGAUUGUCAAAUAACUUAAUUAAAAAGUAGAUUAACAUAAUUUGAAAUAGAUGGAUUAAGUUAAAAUAUAUAAUUAAAUUUAUAAAUUGCAUAACCAAUAGAGAAUGAUGAGAUAAUUGACAAUUUAAUUAAACUCAUAUUAAAAAUGAGAGCAACUGGAUCUUAAUAUAUUCCUAUAAAGGAAGAUAAAUUAGACUCUAAAUUAGCAUAAAUAAUUGCUAAAGAUCAUACUUAAUAAUAUUAAUUUAUUAGAUUAAAAUAAGGUUUAUAUUUAAUAGGAGAAGAUUAAUAUUAAUUAUUUUUAUAAGAUAAUAAAAUUAUGAUAACAACUGAGGAUGGUGUGUCAUAACUUUAAGAUUUUAUUAAGAGUAGAAAAAGAGUAAAAUCAAUUAAUAUUCGUAAAGCUUGA